UCACUGCCUCCAGAAGAAUGCAGGCACAACCACGGGGGGGCACUGAGAUAACCAAGUGGGAGACCCAGGCUUCCUACAGAAGCUAAGAAGCUAUAGAAAGUGUCCAUGUUUUGCCCAUGAAUCUGUACAGAAAUUCUCCUGGUUGUGCAGUGAGGGUUCUGUCCUUACAGCUCUGCCAGGGACUGUGAUUGGUUUCUUUGGUUCUUUACUCUUGCCUAGAUUUGGAUUAAGACAUCAAUGAACCUCAUUUUAAAAAAAUAAGCUGUAAUCCCAGAGAAGUGGAAAGUAUUUUCCAAAGAAGUUGAUGCCAAAGCAGAUCAGCUGCUUCUAGAUGGCAUUAGAUAAAUUAAGUGAAUAAAAAGAGUGGUCUUAAGGUUCUGUAGAUCCUUUGGGUGAGGCUGUGAUGGAUUUAGGAACAUUUACAAAACAUGUACAUCUGUGUUUCUGUUCAGGGAUGUGCUAAAACAUGCAUUGAUGUGGGGAUAGGGUAGGAUUUGCCAGGGCAGCCCUGCUGAUAAUGAGUGACAGGAAGGGAAAAAGUAAAUCUAGUUUUAAAAAAGUCUCCUCCAAAUCCUGCCUUUCUUGUUUUGGUGGAUGGUAUGGACACCAUGACAGGGCUUCAGAUUCCUGUUAGGUGAAGGAAGCCUUCUAUGGAGAGCCUCACGCAGGUCACGUUUUUGUGCUAGCCAAGAGUCACUGCUGUCCUCAUGUCCACCUCAGUGUCUGCCACUGUUUGGGAGAAGAGCCAAAGCCCCCAGGUCCUGUGCAGAGAGCUCCGACCUACCUUUAUGGGAAUAAGCUGGACAUGAUCCUCCACUUCUCUUGCCCAAUAAAACUCCUCACAAAAAGGGCUUCCCUUGUGCGUAAUGGGGAGUUCUUUGUGCCUGAGUCAGUCUUUUUUUGACUCUUCAUAAAUUAUAAACUUGUACACAUCAUUGCUAUACAAAGUCAAAAUGUGCACUGCACCCUAGCUGGAUUUUGGACAUUCUCUAUUUCUGACCCACCUAUUGGCAAUCUGGGUUUGCUGGAUUCCAUGAGUCUUCCACAGGAAAUGUCACCAUCUCUGUUACUUCCUGUUGGGUGUUACCAUAGAAGAAACAAGUUUACCUACUGAGUCAGCUCGGGGCAGAGAAAGGGGAACAAGAGACUCACUCUUGCUAAAAGGGCUGUGUUUAUCACAGCUCGGAAAUCUCACUGUUAAAUUACAAAUAUCCAGACAGAAGGACAGUUGCUGUGAGUAUUCCAAUGGGGAUGAUCUCAUUCCUUUCCAGCUCUCCUUGUACCAGUUUUGGAUAAACCUGAUGAAGCAGUGCAUCAGUUCAGAUGAUUAAAGGAACAGAAAAUUAUGCCUCCAAUAAGGUGUUCACCCAGAGCAUCAGCUGUGACAAGCAUCUGGCAGUGGCUUAUUUCCAGCGGGGGACUGUGUUUUACCGGAGGCAAAACCACGGAAAGGCCAUUGAGGAUUUCAAAGAGGCACUGGCCCAGCUACGAGGCAACCAACUCAUUGACUACAAGAUCCUGGGGCUGCGCUACCGGCUCUUUGCCUGCGAGCAGAUUCUCUGCAACAUUGCACUGGUGUAUGCCACAAUGGAGAACUGGGAGAAGGCUGAGGAGCACCUGACCCUGGCCAUAAGCAUGAAGAGCGAGCCCCAGCACAACAAGAUAGACAGGGCAAUGGAAGCUGUCCUGAAGCAGAAGCUGUAUGAGCUGGUGGCUAUUCCUGCAGGGAAGCUGUUCAGGCCAAAUGAGAAGCAAGUGGCUCAGUUAGAGAAGAAAGACUACCUGGGAAAGGCAAUGGUGGUGGCAUCUGUAGUGGACAAGGACGAUUUUUCAGGAUUUGCUCCUCUACAGCCACAGACCUCUGGUCCUCCACCCAGGCCCAAGACCCCAGAAAUCCUCAGGGCUCUCAGAGGGCAGCCACACCGUGUCAUGUACGAGUUCAUUCCUGAGACCGCUGAGGAACUGCAGGUCCUGCCAGGAAACAUUGUCUUUGUCCUGAAGAAAGAGAAGGACAAUUGGGCUACAGUGAUGUUCAAUGGAAAGAAAGGGAUUGUCCCCUGCAACUUCCUCGAGCCUGUGGAGCUCCAGAAUAAGCUGCAUAUCCAGGAAGAAACCCCCGUGGAAGCUGAAAUCUCUGAGUCACCCACUUCCACUGUGCCGGAGAAGCCACGACGCCUUGCGCCAGACUAUGUUCCUGCAACUGUGGCACAGCUAAAAGACACAGCAAAGGUGGCUGAAGCAACUGUCUCUAGCCCCCAUGUCCUCAAGGUGCAUAACAAAUUCACAGUUGCCCUGAGAGUCGAUCAAGUCCUCUCCUACAGGGAGCUCCUGGAGCUGGUCUGCAAGAAGCUGGACCUACAGCCUGAGCACAUGGAGCUGAGGUACAAGCCUGUGGAGGGCCAGGAGCUGGUGACUCUGAGUGCAGAGAAUGUGAAGGCAGCCUGGAACCAGAGCAAGGACAACUGCCUGACAGUCUGGUGCAAUAGCACAGAGGGAGAGGGGUUUGUACCAGACAGCAAACCAGAGGAGUCACCGCAGGAGGCAACAUCGGGAGAGACAGGAACAACCCAUGUCGUAGCUCAGUACAGUUAUGAAGCCACCCAACCUGAAGACCUGGAAUUUCAGGCAGGAGACACAAUCCUUCUUUUAUCCAAAGUAAAUGAAGACUGGUUUGAAGGUAAAUGCAAGGGGAGAACUGGCAUCUUCCCAUCUGCAUUUGUUCAACAACUCAACGCUGGACACCCAGGGAAGUGAUUUCAGAAGAGCUUGAAGUUGUGAAAAGAAACUGCGAAUUCAACUGUUGCCAUUAUGUAGUCUGCAUAUUAAACCCUGCAUCUGAAAAUGGACUUUAAACAAUAUUGCUGCUUGUAUUAAAAGCUUUAUUUUUUCUCUUA